AUGGAGAGCCUCUACAAGGAUCAAUGUGAGAUUUCCACGGAGGAUAUGUGGCCAGAGGAUUCUGCAGGAGAACUUACAAAUCAGGAGAUAGGCGGCUUUGAUUUUGUAGUAAUUGGUGGAGGUUCUGCUGGUUCGGUGGUGGCCAGCCGUUUAAGUGAAAAUCCUUUGUGGCGAGUUUUGCUGCUGGAGGCUGGCGACGAUCCACCCAUGGAGUCGGAGAUCCCCUUUCUCUUCACCUCGGUCCAGGCCUCGAAUUAUACUUACACCUAUAGAGCAGUGGCCAAUGGUGUGUCUUGCCGGUCGGCUCCUUUGGGAAUUUGUGGCUGGUUGAGUGGCAAAUGUUUGGGUGGCUCGGGAGCCAUUAAUGCCAUGCUGUAUUUUCGUGGAACCCGUGGGGACUAUGACGGGUGGUGUGGUGCAGAAGGAGCCCGAAAUUGGUGUUAUGAAGAUGUGUGGCCUUAUUUUGACAAAUCUUUUCGAAAUGAGGCGAAUUUGACCCAUCCCAUGGGGUAUAUUAGUUUGGAGGAAUAUGGCAACUAUGCUGAGGAUAUUAAGGGGCUCUUUUCCAAAGGAGCGGAGGAAUUGGGUGUGAAAAGGAUUACCGAUUUUGUGGAAAAUAGUUAUUUGGGUUAUGGCAAUUUUCGUGGCAUUCUGGAGAGAGGCCAACGUAGCAGCAGUGCCAAGGGGUUUUUGGGAAGAAUUGCCAAGUUCAGGAACAAUUUAAAGGUGGUAAAAAAUGCCCAGGUUCGCAAAUUUUUGUUCAACGAAAAGGGAGAUCGGGUCGAAGAAGUGGAGUUCGAAUUGCAAAAUAAAAGGUCGUUUAAGGUCCAGGUGGGAAUGGAGGCAGUUUUAUCAGCCGGCACCGUGGAAUCAGCCAGACUUCUGAUGCUUUCAGGGAUAGGUCCUAAAGAGGUUUUGGAGCCACUGAAAAUACCAGUUCGCCACAAUUUACCAAUUGGAGAAAAUCUGCAGGAUCAUGUGGCCAUACCCAUAUUCUUCUCCAUACCUUCGGAAAGGACCUAUCUGGAUCUGCAGGAUAUUUAUGAUUAUUUGAAAUUUCGUAAGGGAUUUUUAGCAUCCAUUGGUACGGGGUCCCUAAAUGGUUUUAUCAGAAGCAGUUCGAAAUCAAAAAGUCCCUAUCCGGAUCUCCAACUACAACACUUUACCGUGCGCCGUGGUGCCCCCUUGGGAAUGGGGUUCCUCGCGGGUUUUAUGUCCAAUGAAAAUUUGAAAAAAUAUUUCGAAAAUCUGGUAGACCAAGGCGAUGUGGUUGUGGUGUUUAUUUUACUACUCCAACCCAAGUCGAGGGGAAAAAUUCAAUUACAAUCCUCCGGUCCUGAGGACCCUCUUCUAAUCUAUCCAAAUUAUCUACAACGACAGGAAGAUGUAGAGGGACUUUUGGGAGGGAUAAAAUAUCUCAAACGCCUGGCAAAAACCUCCACCUUUCUCCGAAGAAAGGCUAAAAUGUUGCGUGUCCCCAUAUCGGAAUGUUCGGAAGAUACCGAACAAUAUUGGCCUUGUUAUAUUUCGUAUUAUUCUUCGACUAGUAGCCAUUUGGUGGGUACCUUAAAAAUUGGAGCGGAAAAUGACAGUUCCGCAUGUGUGGAUCCCCAACUGAAAGUGAAAGGUGUACGGAAUUUGAGGUUGGCCGAUGCAUCCAUAAUGCCGCAGAUAACGAGAUGUAAUACUUAUGGCCCAACGCUGAUGAUUGGAGAAAGGGCGGCGGAUUUUAUUAAGCAAGAGUGGGAUGAGGGCUGA